CGUGGUGACACCGCUGAAGCGCUUCCCUCUCCUCGCGUGCGCCCGCCUCUGGUCUCGCUGCCCGCCUCAGCCUCCCGGCCCUCAUGGCCGGCCUGACUCUGUUUGUGGGCCGGCUCCCGCCCUCGGCCCGCAGCGAGCAGCUGGAAGAGCUGUUUAGCCAGGUGGGGCCGGUGAAGCAGUGCUUCGUGGUGACAGAGAAAGGGAGUAAGACUUGUCGAGGCUUUGGCUAUGUCACUUUCUCUAUGCUGGAAGAUGUUCAAAGGGCCCUCAAGGAAAUUACUACCUUUGAAGGAUGCAAGAUCAAUGUGACCGUGGCCAAGAAAAAACUGAGGAAUAAGCCCAAGGAAAAGAGGAAAAAUGAGUCCCCAAAGAAGGAGCCAAAGCCUACGAAAGCCAAAAUGGCAGAUAAGAAAGCCCGGUUAAUUAUUCGGAACUUGAGCUUUAAGUGUUCAGAAGAUGACUUGAAAACUGUAUUUGCUCAAUUUGGUGCUGUGCUGGAAGUAAAUAUCCCAAGGAAGCCAGAUGGAAAGAUGCGUGGUUUUGCUUUUGUUCAGUUCAAAAACCUCUUAGAAGCAGGAAAAGCCCUCAAAGGCACGAACAUGAAGGAGAUAAAAGGACGGACUGUGGCUGUGGAUUGGGCUGUGGCGAAAGACAAGUAUAAAGAUACCCAGGCUGUUUCUGCCCCAGAUGAAGAGAAGAGCUGUGUACCUAAACACCAGAACUCAGUUAAAAAGAAUGCAGGGUUGCAAGGGGAGAAAAGUGAUGAUGGGGAUGUUGAAGAUGAGGAUGAUGAUGAGGAUGUUGAUGAUGAAGAUGAAGAGGAGACUAAAGAAUCAAAAAUUACCCAACGUAUACAGAUUCAGAAGAGAGCAGUCAAAAGAGCAGCCCCAGCUGGAAGCAGUGAGGAGGAGGACCCUUCUGAUGAGGACAGUGACCUGGAGGAAGGAGGUAGCAUUGAUGAAGAAGAGGGACUCACGCAGAGUCCUAGCAGCACCGAAGAAGAACAGGAGGAGGAGGAGGAAGAUGGACCAGUUUUAAAGCAAAAGAAGAGGAAAUUACCCUCUGAUGUGAAUGAAGGGAAAACAAUUUUUAUCAGAAACUUGUCAUUUGACUCAGAAGAAGAACAACUUGGGGAGCUCCUCCAGCAGUUUGGAGAUCUCAAAUAUGUUCGUAUUGUCUUGCAUCCAGACACAGAGCAUUCUAAAGGUUGUGCAUUUGCACAGUUUAUGACUCAGGAAGCUGCUCAGAAAUGCCUUGCAGCUGCUUCUCCAGAGACUGAGGGUGGUGGGCUUAGACUGGAUGGCCGGCAGCUCAAGAUGGACCUGGCGGUUACCCGGGAUGAGGCUGCAAAGCUUCAGAAAAAGAAGGUGAAGAAACCAACUGGGACCCGCAAUCUCUAUCUGGCCCGAGAAGGCUUGAUUCGAGCUGGGACCAAGGCAGCCGAGGGUGUGAGUGCUUCAGAUAUGGCCAAACGAGAGCGGUUUGAGCUACUAAAGCAUCAGAAACUCAAGAACCAGAAUAUAUUUGUCUCCCAGACAAGGAUCUGCCUGCACAAUCUUCCAAAGUCUGUGAAUGACCAACAGCUCAGGAAGCUGCUACUAGAUGCCACUAGAGGGGAGAAAGGGGCGCGCAUCAAGGAGUGUAGAGUGAUGCGAGACCUUAAAGGAACCCAAGGAAAAGUGAAGGGCCAGUCUCUGGGCUAUGCCUUUGCAGAGUUCCAGGAGCAUGAGCAUGCCCUGAGAGCGCUCCGCCAUAUCAACAAUAAUCCAGAGAUCUUUGGGCCUCAGAAGAGACCAAUAGUGGAGUUCUCUCUGGAAGAUCGGAGGAAACUUAAAAUGAAGGAACUAAGGAUCCAGAGAGGCCUGCAAAAAAUGAAAUCAAAGCCUUCAAACAAUAAACCCCAAAAGAAGCAAAAAGAAUCUGGAAAAGACAAGCAGCAGGAGGCGGUUCAGAAUCUCCCAUCAGAACAAAACAAGGCUCCCCAAGAGCAGACCAGGAAAGUGGCUUCCACCUCAUGGGCAGGGUUUCAGACCAAGGCUGAAGUAGAGCAGGUGGAGCUGCCAGAUGGGAAGAAGAGAAGAAAGGUCCUGGCGCUCCCCUCACAUCGAGGCCCCAAGAUUAGGUUGCGAGACAAAGGCAAGGUAAAAUCCCUCCCUCCUAAGAAGCCAAAACCCCAGGUAAACAAGAGGAAGCAAGAGAAGCAGCAGUUGUCUUCCAUGCAGGUAUCUAGGAAAAAGACUAAGGGAAAUAAGGCAGAAACUCACUUCAACCAAUUAGUUGAACAGUACAAGCAGAAAUUGUUGGGACCUUCUAAAGGAGCACCUCUAGCAAAGAGGAGCAAAUGGUUUGAUAGUUGAUGAUACUAGAAGACUGGGUAAGAAGCCCAGUGUGCAUUUCCUCCUGAUGUUAGCCCACCCCCGUGUCUCACUGAGAGAAGCAAGGUCCCAGAUGGCACCCUCUCUGGAGGCUUUGUGGGCUGUGCACACCUGAACUUUGGUCUCUCCUUGGUGUGUGGUUGAUUAGCCACAAAGACAUAUCCAGAAAAAUCUUGCAUAUUAUCCGGAUUAUUGUAUGAAAUUGUGUAAAUGAUUGUUGCCUAUUUUUACUCUGCUUCUCCAAUGGAAUUAUGUGUAAAAAGCAUUCUGACUUUUUAAGAUGUAUAUUUUAUUAAGUGUCCUCUAAGUGAGAAAUUGUGUGGCUUUUGAAUAAUAGACUGAUUUCUAAUAAAUAUAAAUCCUUUCAUUA